AUGAGUGAAGAACAUCAGGAGGUUGCUGUUACUGAGGAAGGACCAGUUCCUAUCCUCAGAUGGGAUUUAGGGCUUUUCGAACAAAUCGUUCGUAGUUUCCGAUUCCCACCGGAGUGGGAUGCCCGGUAUCCGGCUCAGGGCCAGACCGCGGCUGAUGCACCACCCGGUUACAUUACCCUGUAUGAAGACUUCUUUCUUCAGGGUAAUUUCCGACUGCCGGCGACCAACUUCCUAGGGAGUAUCCUUUCUUACUACAAUUUCCAUAUAUCUCAGAUGAGCCCUCCCGGGAUGGUGAGGGUACGACACUUUGAAUUUUUGUGCCAUUCCCAUGGCGUCGAGCCAUCGGUAGAUAAGUUUCGUGCUUUCUACCAGUUGCAGAGAACGAUGGGGUUCUUCUCGUUUGCAAGCCGGGGCGCGGAAAAGAAGAUCUUGUUGAAUCCUCCUAAGAGUUUCCACGACUGGAAACCCAAGUUCUUCUUCAUCAGGGAAGAAGUCUUGCCGAUUGCCAUGCCCUUUAGGGACUGGACCGAGGCCAUACCGAAGGAAGAUCUUCCCAUCCCAAAAACUGCUCGGUGGUACCAGCAGCUAACCCCAACCCCAAAUCGGGUGUUUGGGGAAAAUGUGUUAGUUGCUGCUAAGAUGAGUGACCAGUGGUUACCUAGCAGCAGGGAGGUUCCGGUUUUGAAGAUCGGCGAUCAAGAAGCGCAACUCUAUCAAGCUGCCUUCUCGACAUUUGGUGGCUCCAUGGGCGUUCGCCCAUUGCGCGAUGAUGAGGAAAGCUGGUAUGACCAGAUUAAAGGCAAUUUCAUGUUUCCAGCUGCUGAUGCCUUCGCUUCGCCGCCCACCGCUACUGAAGGUGCGCAAUACCCUAAACCUCGUCCUUUGCGCUCUGUUACUCUUGCUGGGAAAGAGACUCUCUAUCUUUCCAGCGAGGAGUCGGUAGGUUCUUCCAGCGGAGAGCUAAGUUCCUGGUCUAAAAUCUUUGCAGGCUUGUCACGUGUAGCUAAGGGAAAAACUGGUGCUGGUGGGUCGAAAAGCUCGGGGAGCGCGGGUUCUCGUAACCCUGAAGCUGGCGCGACUCCAUCUUUUCCUGAAGAUGACGAAGCUGAAGAAGAAGAUGCUGGUGCCCAGCUUAUUGGGCGGAAGAGGGGUAGGAGCGAAGCCACGACUGGUGUGGCUUCCGCCCCUACAUCUGUUGUGAUUCCCGUGGUUGGGAAAACGAGCAAGCUGCGCUCGUUAUACAAAUUUUCUCCUGAAAUCAAGAAGAAGACCCCUGAGAAGGGUGUCACGUUCAGUGAGGCUGCGGCGAAAAUGCCCAAGAUUACCGUCAAGUCCACUGACACUGCUGCUCAGGAUGCCGCGAAGGCUGCUGAGGCGCAGCGAAAGGUGGAGGAGGAUCGGAAGAGAGAGGAAGAGAAGAAGAAGGUUGCCGAGAAGAAGAGGAAGGAUGAAGAAGAAAGGAAGAGGAAGGAGGAGGAGAAAAAGAAAGAGGAGGAGAGGAAAAAGAAGGCGGAGGAGGAGAGGGUGGCCGAAGCGGCGAAGAAGAGGGCCCUUGAGGAGUUGGAAAAAAAGAAGGCCAUGGAGCAGCCUGUUAAUGUUCAAGGCCCUGAGGUUACGAACCCUACCCACUCCGCUCCUGUCAUUACUUCUAAGGGUGCGGGUCGACAUGCUUCAAGCAGCGCAAGCUCUGGUGGUGCUGGGGGUUUUAACCCAAACGUGGUCGGGGCGAAGGAUACCGUCGGCGAUAUCUACUAUAAAACUUACAAUGAAGAAGAACACGGCGAUGCUCCUCACCAAGCCCCUUGGAGCUUAAAGCAAAAAGAUACAUUUCAUGAAUUCGCCCCUUGCCGCGAGUGGUUUUUGAAUUCGUUUACCCCUGCAGAAGUUAACCGGCAAAGGGCGAAACCCCACGAAAUGUUAUACCGCACCUUUAUACUUGGAGAGGCCAACGCUCGUGCUGCCAAUCACCAGAUAGUCCGUGAAUGGCGAACUAUGGUUAGAGAGCGCGCCGACUGGGAGGCUUAUCGUGAGCGCUCGUUAAAGCGAAUAGCUGAGUUUGAAAAGUCUAAGGCUGCUCUUGGUGAGGAGAGAGCUAAAUUUGAAGCCGAUAAGAGGGCCGAAGCAUGGGGCCGCGAGGGUCUGCAAAAGAAACUUCAUAAUGUUGAAGAGCAACUGGCCAAGGAGAAGGCCGAUUUUAAACGUAUUUGUGCCCAAGACAACGAGCGCGCCUAUGCGGCUCGACAGAAGAUAGUUGAUCUUGAGGCUAAAGUUGCUGACUUGACCUCGAAGGUAGAGGAGGCGCAGGGAGAGAAGGCUGCCAAACAGCAGGUGGAGGUUGAAUUGUCUGAGGUCAAACUACAGCUGUCCAGCAAGGACAGAGAUCUCCACGCCAAGGACGCUGAGAUUGCGGAGCUCAAACGUCGCUUAAACGAGCAAAUUGACAGAUGCGAGUCGUUGGAGAUCGACCUGGAAGCCGAGAGGGUUAAGGCUGCUACGGCUGAGGAGGCGCGUGCUGUUAGCACUGCUGCGCUGAAUGUGGCCCAAACCAACUACUCCGAGGCUCAAGGCAUCGUCGAUACGCUUGUCUCAGAAGCUGAAUGGAUGCGCACUCGUGGAGUAGUGCUGGUAAGUGCCUUUGUCUUAUGCUUUUUCUUGUUAGUUGCCAACUCCAUCCUGAAUGCGGGCGAGCUAGACCGCUCCGUAGCGGCUCUGACAGAUGCGGCGCGUGCGGUGGGUCAUCGGGGAGGCUACCUGGAGUGUGCCGAUCACGUUGAGCAGAUGCUUGGGCAGGAAUUUGACAUAAGUCAUUGCUCAGUGACGGAACAUGCUGAUGCUGCACUGGCAAGUGCUGAAAACUCCUAUGACAACCUUUCCUUGCCUAUCAUGGAGUUGGUUGUUGAAUCGUUGAAGAAAGACGACUGGUGCCAGCGUCUUAAGGCAGUCCUCGAUCCACCAGUUACCGUCGAGUUGUCCGACGAAGAGCCAGCUGGUGAUGAUGGCGGCGAUGGUGAUGAUGAUGGCAACGAUGAUGAUGGUGAAGAUGACGGGGAUGAUGGUGAUGAUCGACGCGAUGAAUAG